AGAAUGGGGGGGAGUGAGAGUGAGAAAGUGUGACUGGGGCUGAGACAGCUGCGAUCGUUUACCUGUCCCUCACACUCACCCUUGCCCUGUCCAUCACACUCGCCCUCACACUCACCUGUCGAUCCAGCCAUCUUGGGAAUAUCCUCGGCUGGUGAGAGAGCUGGCAAUGCAGAACAAAGAUACCCUUACACUCAGAUGGGUGAAGGGUUACACCACGCAGAACGUGCUAUUUGUCGACGACAGCACAAUAUGCUACCCCUGCGGGAACUUCCUGAUAUUUGUGGACACGGAAACGAAGGAGGAGAUGGUGCUGAAGUGCGAGACAGGGAGCAUUGGGGCUUUCACGGCCAACAGCAACAGCAAAGUCGUGGCCUUCGCGGAGAAGAGGUUAAAGCCGUCCAUCUAUGUGUACAAUUUCCCUGAGCUGAGCAAGGCUGCGGUCCUCACUGAUGGGGCAGAGCUGGAGUACACACUGCUGGAUUUUAGCUACAUGGGAUCCUACUUUGCCAGUUUCUCCUCAAUCCCGGACUUCACUUUAACCAUCUGGAACUGGAAAACGGGCCAUAAUCUCUGCAGCAAGUCAAUGAUGCGGAUGCAGGCAUGUGUCCUGUGCUUCAACCCUAUGAACCAGCUGCAGCUGUGCUUGGCCAGCUGCGACUGUCUGCUGGUGUGGAAUAUUGAACGCUGCAAUGAAUUUCACUUAUUAACACAAGUAAAUGUAGAGCUUCCUACAGAGGAUGAAAGUAUGACAUUUCAUGAGGAUUUUAGGAUCAGUCCUGACUGCAAUGCAUUAGCUUACUAUGGACCUAAGAUGUUAAUAUCAGCACAGGCUGGUCUUGUGGGAGAAAUGGCCAAGACAUUUGUGACACAAGAGCUCCAGAAGACCAUUGUCCAACCCGUGUCUGUUUGCUGGACCCCGACCUCUGAUUUAUACGUGGGCUGUAAGAAAGGGGAACUGUUACACGUGGAUGCGGACCUGCAUAAAGCUGUUUUAGUGGCAGGUUCAUCUCUUGAGUCGUUCAUCAUAGGUGCGGGGAAUGUGCCGGAUUGGCCUACAUCGACCAUCAGGAUGAACAUACAUCCCACCCUACAGCCGUGCUCCGUGAAUACGCUGGCAUUCAGUACAAAGGGACUGUUUACAGCAGGGAAGGAUGGAAAACUCUACUGCCUCACGUUCAAAUUCCACAAUUUGGAGGUUGAAGAGUGCUGGUCUGCGGCUUCAUCGAUUAGGAAUAUUACAUUUUCAUCUGAUCACACAUCGCUGCUCAUUGCUACUGAGGAGGGUUUGGCAUUUUUAUAUAACCCAUUGGAGAAAGCUGAUGUGAGCACAGCCUUGAAUGUGUACAGUGGGGACUUUGUAUCAGCAAUGUUUCUGGGCACUGGGACUCAGUACUGUGUGUCAGCAAGAAAAUUGGGUAUCAUGCAAGUAUGGUCACUCAAGGAUGGAAAAAACAUCAGCACUCUUGCACUGCCAGAAAGGAUCAGUGCCAUGGCAUGCUGUCCUUCCUCUGACCACGUGGCUCUGGCCACUGAAACUGGUCAUAUCUAUUAUGCCAACUUGGUGACAGUGGAGACUCCUCAGCUGAUCCACCAAGUCUUUCUCCACAGAAUGGCAAUACAGAGUCUGAAGUAUGAUCCAGAGGGACAAUUCCUUGUGGCUGGAUGCUCCGAUGGGUAUAUAUUCAGUAUGAAUGCCAAACCCUCCAAAUUAUUUAAAGUAUUUGGAUACACAGAGAUAAAAGCUGAGAUUUUGGGGGUGUCUGUUGUGUUGAACAAUUUGAGGAAGAACGUGGACUGCCUGACACUGUCCUGUCAGCCUGGAGAGCACAAAUGUCACGGAGGGACCGAGUUAACCAUGUUUCAGCUGCUGGGAGAGGAUACUGCAGCUAAAACGUACAUCAAUAACCGAGGAAUGAUGAGUGAUGUGGCCAUUAAGAAGAUGUCCUGUCGUAACAGGCUGCCCCUCACCUCUGCAGUCCAUGACUGCGAGGAUAAUCUGUACGGGUUCUGCAGUCAGACCCGCAGCAUCCUCAAGUACAAGAUCAUCAAGGAUGUGAACAACAAAGCAUUUAACCUGAUGCUCCAGGUCAAGGUGCAAGCCCACCAGCUGGGACCUGGAUUCCUCCACCUCUCCCAGGAUCAGGAAUACUUGGCUUCUGCAGCCAGGGAUGGAUUCAUUCAGAUCAGAGAUGCCAGCAGCAUGGAGAUUAACUUCGAGACCCAGUGUCACUCGUACCACUCCGGGGGAGUGAGGUCAGUGGACUUUUCCUUGGAUCGGCAGACAGUUCUGACCACUGGCAUUCAUGACGGCACUCUCAUCUGCUUUUCGUCAAAGUUUGACACGGAGAACACUUUGCGGACUAAGGCAGCAAUAGAAUUCAGUGUCUCAACAUUUUCAUUGCUGAGUCAGACCUCCAAGACAGAGAACAAAGUGCUGGACCUGAUUGAACACAAGCAUCAAUUGGAUGGGAAGGAGGACACCCACCUACCCAUAUCCAAAAGCUCCACAUACUCCGUGGCCUCCAACAUCUCCCACGGCUCCAUGCCCGAAUCCCAACGGCUCACCGAUGAAAGGUCAAUUACUUCGUUGGAGGAAACUUGGCUGGAAAAAAAGAAUAAAGAAGCCAUCAAGAAAGACAACUUCCACCACGCAGAUGUCAAAGCUCACCUAAGGGAAGGAAUCAAGAAACUUCGUCAAACGAUCCAUAUAAUGAUGAUGGAAAAUGAGAGAGUGCCUCCGAAUGAGCGGCUGAACCAGCACGAGUUUAACCUGGACCUGAAGGAGCAGAAGAAGCUGCACAUUGAGGGAGAGGAGAAGGUGGCCAAGGUGCGCGAGUCCAUCGAGAUGACGAACCUGGCCAACCAGUACCUGCGGGAGGUGAUCAAGAGAGAGUGCUGGGACCAGAUGGAAGUGAAGGGCCGGAUGCUGGAGGCUUUUGAUUCAGGUAUAGCAGUGACCAAUUACUCGAAGAGAGAGCGCAGAAAGAAGGACCUGGACUUGCUGAAGCAGAUAACACGUCAGAGGACAAUUGAACAGAUCGACAUGAAGGCUCGGAAGGACAUCGUUGAGACACCUCCUAAGAAGGAGGAGAAAGAUGAAGAGGAAGCGGAGGAAGACGACUCAAAGGAAGAUGAGAACUUGGCCGUGAAAGGCAGCCUGACGUACCUAUAUGGUUUGGUGAACCCAUAUUUGUAUAGACAGUUGGACCUGCACACAAAGGAUCAGAAGAUUAACCAGAUCAUCCUCUUGCAGGACAUGAUUCACAACAUCAAAACCGACUUCAACAAGGAGUUUGAUGCAACUUACAAGCAGAAGGAGGUGGAGAUCUCCCGAGUGAACGACAGAAACGUGCGCAUCAGAGAGAUCAUAAUGCAGCUGGACAUGGACGAGGCCGUGUGGUUGCCCACCAUGAGUAACAACGAGAAGCCCGAGAGAGACCUGGAGGUGUUAGAGUCAGAGAUUUCAGCUGAACGGUACCUCACAGAGGAACAGAAGGCAAAGCUCGAGGAGGAGUUUAACGCAGAGCAGCUUCGGAUACUGCUUGCUAAGGCUGACAACUGGCGUGAGCGCGCUCUGAUGGACAUGAUGGGGGGAGUCCUCGAGGCCAAGAAGUCAGACAUCCUGAAAAUGGAAAUUCCUGCACCGCUCUUCAUGGUAAUGCCGGAGUACGAAUGGAAUGAUGAGCAAAUAAAGCAAGCCAAGGAGUACACCAUCAAGGACCAGGCUCUGAGUGAGGAGAAGGACAAGUACAGGAAGACCCUGGAGUCUGAGCUGAGGAAACUGCAAGCGUCCAUCGCAGAAACAACAAAUGGAUUUGACGACAUAGUUAACAAACUCUUUGAAAAGAAAGUGCGAACGGAGAUGAUUAUCUACCAGGAGGAGCUGAAGAUCUGCAACCUGCUCUUCUCACUACAGAUAGAGGAGGAAAUACAGAACCGGAACGCUCAACUCAACUUCCUGCUGGCUGAGCAGAAGAGCUGUGUGGGGAGCAAGGCUCAGGUGAUGCAAGACACCAAGAUGAUGGUGGACCAGUUCCGAGAGACCUACGACGAUCUGGUUGCUGAAGACAGGCUCCUGGAACGUGGGUUUAGGAAGGAGUUCUUUGAUGUCAAUGCUGCAACGGUCGACCAGCUCUACAAAAUAUAUAAACGUCGACCCAAGAUGCAGACGAAGAGAGCCCAGGUGGCAACAGCCAACCCUUUUGGCUACUGGCCCGAGUCAGCCAGCGAAGGACACGUCAACCUCCUGUCGUCCAUGGAGGAGCUGAACACAACUCGCUUCAAGCCCGAGCACCUGGACCAAGCGGUGUGGGAGCGGCUCUGUGACAUCCGUAACAUGAAGAUAGAGAGCGAGCACCAGGUGAAGCUGAAGGCUGUGACCCUCGCCGAGAUGCAGACUUUCUUGCAGAAGAGGAUUGAGGAGGAUGAGUACUGCAACCAGAUGAUCACCAAUUACACACAAGACAUCAGCAGUCUGUGUGAGAUCAAGUCACAGUUCCAGAUGAACCUGAUGGUGCAGCUGGUGCUGAAGCAGGGCCAGGUGGAGGUAAUGAGUGACGACUUCAUCUCCGAAUACAACACCUCCAUCCUCCUGCACAAGGCCGUGGUGGAGGACCUGAACAACACCAUUCAGCUAUUAGGAGAGAAGAAGGUGGCGAUCAUGGUGGAAUGCAAGGACUUCAAGAAAGGAAUUGUCCAGUUGGAGUGGGAGUACAGGAAGAUGCUGAUGCAAAUGGAUGACUUGCACAACAAGAUACGCGACAUCCUCAAAUUCACAAUCACCAGACAGGCACAAAUGUAUUUAAGAGAGGAUAAUUACGAAGCUCGAGUCACUGAUCACAUAAUGGUAAUGGAGCGAUCUGUGGAUGGUCAGGAAACGUUUCAUGAUAGAGUCCUGCUCCAAAAAAGAGACAGCAUCAAAAAGCUGCAGAAGCAGAUCUCGCAGCUGAAGCGGGAUCUCAAGACAAUGGAUCAGCUGUUGAAGGAGCAGCACAUCUCUGUCAGUGAGAGACUGCACAUCCAGGAAAUGACCGCAACUAUCAAACCAGAAGAAGAAGCACGUGCUCGCUUCAAGGAACUGAUGCAGCACAGGAGAUUGGUGGAACUGACCAAGGCCCAAGUCGAGGACAUUAACACCCUGAGGAUGGAGUUGGAGAAGCAGCGCAUGAGAACCUUUCCAGUGCUGUCCGACAGAGAGCAAGAAACCUAGUUAAACCACUUUUAUUUCUGGUCUUCAAAAUAACAUGCAGAGCUUUAUCGGAGACUUAAUGCAAAUCUAGACUUUCUACACACACUCUAGGUUGCUGUUCUAUUUGAAAGUUGUUUGCAUAAGAAAUAAAUAUGUUUUCUCAGCUGCG